ACAGAAACACACAGUAGUAUAAUGGGUAAUAGGAAAAGUCUAUUUGAUCAAGAUCGCCUCAAUGCCUAUCAGGAGUGCACUUACUUCACAGAGAAACAAAUUAAGAAGCUUUACAAGCGAUUCUCAUCUCUCAAUUCAAAGAAGAUUAACCCGAGAAAAGCAAACGUAGAUGCAAGGCUAUCGUUCUCUGAAAUGCAGCAGCUCCCAGAAUUAAAAGAGAAUCCUUUCAAGGAUAGAAUCUGUGCAGUGUUCUCAACCAAUGGCAGGGGAAUAUCAUUCGAAGACUUCCUUGACAUGUGCUCCGUUUUCAGUGCACAUGCUCCUUGGGAACUGAAAGCAUCUUAUGCCUUCAGGAUAUUUGAUUUUGACUCUGACGCUUUUCUUAGUUCAUCUGACAUUGAACAAAUAUUAAGCUGCAUCACAAGUAGCAGUUUCACUGAUGAAGAUAUGUCUACAGUGGUGGAGUAUGUAAUGAAAGAGGUGGACAUUGAUCAAGAUAAAAAACUCUCUUAUCCUGAGUUCGAGCACGUUGUAUCCAAGGCCCCAGACUUCACUGAACUGUUUAAAAUGACAAUUGUAUGAAAUUAAUGAGCCAUUGGGGGGGUGAAAGUAAAGGUCACUUGUAACAUGAAUCAUUAUGACUGUCUCUGUAUACAUGUGAUAGACAUUACAUCAUUCAUGAUCUCUAUUAACAACUGA